CUUGAAACGAUCUUGUGAUAUCGUGCAAAACCAUCGGACUGCCGAAGUAGUAACAUCGAAUGCACACGCAUCUACGAGCGUCUUCAGGUACAUAUACGUACACAAUUCUGUAUUUAUGUUAAGACCCAUAAAUCUGUACCUAGUAGCAUCGGGUGACGCACCGACCACAAACCGAGCAGCUAAAUUCAAGGUCACUGGUCAUACAAGUGCUAGGAUAAGCAUUUGCCUAGUGGCCCUCAUUGGCCCUCAUCGUCAUUUUUUCCCACUUUCCAUAGAAAUCCAGCCACCUCACCAGCUUCCAAGCUCUUUUUCACCAAUACGACAUCAUCAACCUCCGAGGCAUUCCACAUCACCUAUUUCACCUUCCGAGUAGCACGCGAUCUCGCCUCUACGAUUUUGCGCUUUUCUGCCUCAGAAGUUCUUUUCGGUAUUUUUGCGACACCUUUGUUUGGUUUUUUUUUUCUCUUUAAGGAGUAGUAAAUCCUGCUGCUACUAUUACUAUCGAGAACAUGGCGCCUCCGCCUUCCGCGAACUUGCCUCUCGGCGAGAGGCUUCUGGCUUUGGCCCAGACAUUACAAUUCGCUUGGUUCAGCGGACACCUUGUACUCCUCCUAUGCAUCUUCCGAUACUCCUUCUCCCUUAUCGCCUUCAGCUACAACACUGGCUCUGCCCGAUUCACUUACCGCACGGCCUUUGUCUCCGCCGCUCUGACGUAUGGAAUUGUCGUCUACAAGACAUGGCGAGCCCGACAGAAGGUUGGCGCCAAGAACAUAGGACUCGUUGGUCUUCUCUCUGAUGAGAACGUCCAGUACCUCCUCCUGGCCUCAGUCUGGCUCAUAUCUCCCCAGUACUCUCUCGCCAUGCUUCCGUAUGGAAUCUAUUCCGUAUUCCACGUAGCGACCUACACUCGCAACAACGUGAUUCCUACGGUUCAGCCUAACAAGGCCCCCGCCGGUGCCUCUCCUGGCACUAAAUCGCAGUCUGCCAACCCUCUCGCUGAAGCUAUCGGAAACUUUGUCAAGCAAUACUACGACGCAUCUAUGUCCAUUGUGUCCAGCCUUGAAAUCCUCAUCUGGUUCCGACUAUUCCUCUCCGCCAUUUUCUUCCAGCGACGCUCUUGGAUUCUCAUCGCCAUCUACACCAUUUUCCUUCGUACUCGAUUCGCCCAGAGCUCCCAUGUGCAGGACUCAUUUAGAGCGCUCGAGUUGCGCCUGGAUUCGUUGGUGGGUGCCCAAAGCACGCCCCCGGCCGCACGAUCUCUUUGGGAAGGCGUCAAGACUGCUACGCGUCAGUUCCACGAUGCUACUGACAUCGGCAAAUACACGAAUGGAUCCGCAGUGCCUAAGAAGACUUCCUAAAGUCUACAUCUGCACGCCUACCCUGAAUAAGGUCGGUCAUAGUUGGACGCCUACGGUGAUAUGGUGUAAAAACGCGCACGUGCCAGGCUAUGGAAGGGUUGGUUGAUAUUAGGACAUUACAUUUCCACUACACAACGCGAUCAAGAGAGACGGAUGGUCGCAAUGAAUGACAGGGGUAUGAUAACGCCGUUAGCAAAGAUCGAUGGAGUUCAGAAUGAGAGGUAGAAAGAGCUCCGCCCAAUGAAUGAUAUGGCUUUCCUACUUCCUGAUUUGGUACACGGUAGCUAGGCCGAGAAUAGGUGAAUUGUAUUACAUCAGGCAGGGUAAUGGGCAUUCUGUUAUACUUGUUUCGCAUCCCAGUUUUAGCCAGAAAGAAAUCCUUCAUCUUACAUUUGUCAAGAUUAUAAAGUUGCUCAGGUGCGUUCCUUCUGCGAUUCGAGAGCUUCAUAGGUAUAUUAAACUGAUUGAAUUUCCUUCA